AUGUCAUUGACUACACGUUUACCUCAAACAUUAAAACAAGUUCGACCUGUUCUUUCAACAGAUCAUGCUGAAGCUAAACGACGUGUUUUAAAUCUUUAUAAAAUUUGGCUUCGACAAAUACCAUAUCUUCGUGUUGAUUAUAUUAAAAAUAAUUGGACAGAAACACAUUUACGUAAUGUUAUUAAGGAAAAUUUUAUGCGUAACAAAGAUGUAACUGAUUUACGUGUUAUUGAUUUACUUAUUGUACGUGGUCAAAUGGAUUUUGUUGAAACAGCUGAAAUAUGGCGACAACAACAUAAUACUGCUUUAAUGGAUAGCAAGAAAGAUUCAUAUAAGAAAAAAUCCACAAGUUUUCUUGGACGUUUUUAUGAAGGACAUUAG